GGGGAGCCCCUCUCUGCUCCCCGCCGCCCCCAAUCACCCACCAGCUCAGCUCACCAGGGAAUGAUGAAAAAAAAUAAUUCUGCCAAAAGGGGGCAACAGGAUGGAAACCAGCAAUCAGCGCAGCCCGAGAAGGUUGGCUGGGUGCGGAAAUUUUGCGGGAAAGGCAUUUUUAGGGAAAUCUGGAAAAACCGUUAUGUGGUUUUGAAGGGAGAUCAGCUUUACAUCUCUGAGAAGGAGGUGAAAGAUGAAAAAAACAUGCAGGAAAUGUUUGACCUGAGCGACUAUGAGAAAUGCGAAGAGCUCAGGAAGUCCAAAAGCAGAAGUAAAAAGAACCACAGCAAAUUUACUCUUGCCCACUCCAGACAGCCUGGAAACACGGCACCAAACCUGAUCUUCCUGGCUGUGAGUCCAGAAGAGAAAGAGUCCUGGAUUAAUGCCCUCAACUCGGCAAUCACACGCGCUAAAAACCGCAUCCUAGAUGAGGUGACUGUUGAAGAGGACAGCUACCUUGCUCACCCAACACGUGACAGAGCAAAAAUACAGCACUCCCGACGCCCUCCAACACGGGGACAUUUGAUGGCUGUGGCAUCUACCUCAACCUCUGAUGGCAUGCUGACGCUUGACCUGAUCCAGGAGGAAGACGCCUCUCCAGAGGAUCACAGCACUUGUGAGGAGAGCUUCCGGGUGGACCUGGAUAAGUCAGUGGCUCAUCUUACUGCUGGCCGGCACCGCUCCGAUUCAGAGAAUGUCAAGUCAGAGAAAGGCCGGACAGGGAGCCUCCCGAGACGGGAGGUGACCUCAUGGGACAGAUCAGGGCAGCGCAACGACUCCUUUGACAAAGGGACCAUGUACACUCCACAGGUCCCCAAAAAGCUCUCGUUCUCAGAAAAGAACAAAUGUGCCUCCAUGGAAGAAAUCCUGUCUCGACGGGACUCUUCCACGCACCGGGCAGUGCUGAGGAGGGGAUUGGAGGCUCAGUUUGCCUCAGCAGAACCAGAACAGCUGUCCCGGAUACAAGAACUGGUUGCACUAAAACUGGAAAAAACUCAGGAACUGCUGACAGAGGUGAAGGGCUAUGGGGAAGGCAAGAGAAAGACCAAGGAUUCCAACACCAGCACCACCACCACCACCUCUUCAUCCUCAUCAACUUCCAAGUCAGACUCUGAAAGGAUCCUGCAGGAAUCGGAGAGGUUGCUGGGGGAGGCUUCCUCCACCUGGAGCCAAGCCAAGAGGGUGUUGCAGGAGAUCAAAGAGUUGAGGGACCUGUACAAACAGUUCGAACUGCAGCAGUCGGACUCGAAACCCAAACAGAGCUCACAGUCUCAGUACAGGAAGAGCAUGAUGUGAAGGCAAGCCUUGGGAUUGGGAGGGAGGGACAGGGGAGGGUGGCCAUUUGGUCUUUUUUUUUUUUUAAUUAUUUACAGUGUUCAAAAGAGUAAAAUGGUGCCUGUUCUCACCCAAAUUUACUCCUCAAAGCUUGAACCUUUUCUUUCCUCCAUCUCAUCCCCUGAUGAAACAACCCUGUGUUCCAAUAAAUUGUUUCAGUUUAUACCUCCUUUUUUAAAAAGUACCCUUUGAACUGUGUGCCCCCAGCUUCUGUCAUGCUUGGAGGACAGAAGAAAGCACCAGUUCCUAGAAAGUGCCCCUGCAUGCCUGCAGCAGCACGUGCAUAACUAUAGGGACAGAUGCUCCUGCGCUGUAUAAGCCCUGGCUUUGCUGCUCUAAACUCCGAGCUGUAUCCUGCAUUACAGCUGCCUGACCAAGAGUGUUGUCUUGUUCGCUCACCAUCCUCUUGGAAAUAAAACAGUUAUCCGUCCCAGCCAAUGCUUGGAAGUCCCCGUUAUCCAGGAACUGUCUUGAAGAUGCUUGGAAGUUCAGGCUGACCUCAAGCUUUAUGCGAGUCAGAGGCACUCACCGGACUGCAGCUAGCCAGGCUCUGUCCUGGCACAGGUCCCUUUUGUGAACUCCAGGGCUGGCAGCUGUUACUCUUGUGGUACAUACACAGCCCUCCAGAAGGAGGGCAACAGGUAUGCAAUCUGUGUUCAAACUAACCCUAUCUGUCCACUGAUGCUUUAUGGAAACCCCCAGCCCUGUGCAAUGGGAGUUAGCGGCCAUAUGUCUUCCUUUCUGUGCAAAUAGAGGAUCAAAGCCUUGAAUCUAUCAGACAGCUGAUAUGGGUUGUUUUGGUGGGGGGAGGGAGGUGUUUUUUCUGGCUUUUCCAUUUUCAUUCCAUUUCCCUCCGCCCCUUUUCUUUGAGCUGGAGGGAAAUGGAAAAAUCAGGGUUGUUUGCGAGGGGCAGCAGGAAACCAAGAGCCAAAGUAGUUUUAGUGGGUUUGAGUCUGGGGUCUCAUGCAUGCACACACUUUGUUUUUGCCAGUCUGACUGCAAGAGACAGUCCUUGUUGCUACCCUAAGAUCAGAACCAGCCCCACUGAAACGAAAGCUGAGCCUGCAAGGGAGCUCAAAUACCCUUAUCUUGGUGAUGCCAAGCACUUUGCUAAAUAGGUGGCUCAGUUUUCACGCCUUUAAGCAGAAGGACAAGAGAGGAGGAUGUUAAGAUGUCUCACAGGUCUUAAAGUACACCAAUGUGGUAACAUCCUUUUUUUUUUUUUUUUCAAAGAAACCUAAUUCCCUUGCCUACAUUGCAAAUAAUCCAUGAAAAUAUUAAAACCAACAGAGUUAUUUCCUGGUUGCA